GCCCGGCCCCGCUCCGGUUCGAAGGCGGCGCGGCCCCGCCCGGCCGUUCCGAGGGAGAGGGAGGGAACGGGUGCGCGCCAGGCCCCGGCGUGUCGCAGCGAAGGCGUCCGGGCGGGCCCCGCUGCCGCGGCGGCGCGUUCCGCCCGGAGCGUGUGCGCGGGCCCCGAGCGGAGCCGCCGCUGCCAUGGAGCGGGGGGGCGGCGGCGGCGCGCGGGGCUGAUCGCGCCCCUUCCCCAUGAGACUGUGGUUGUGCUGGCUGGGCUGCUACACCCUGCUCCUGUGGGUGCUGAGGAGGACGAUGUGGGCUGGCCCGGCGCGGUACCUGCGGAGCCCUUUAUCCAGGUCCCUCUACGUGAAUAUGAUGGGCAGCCACCGCCAGCCAGCCCCGGGCGCCAGGGAGAACCACCAGUGGUAUGUCUGCAACACUGAACAGUUGUCUGAAUCCCUUCAACCCAUUUUUGUCCAGAGUUACCUUGACCAAGGAACACAGAUCUUCUUAAACAACAGCAUUGAGAAGUCAGGCUGGCUGUUUAUCCAGCUCUAUCACUCUUUUGUGUCCUCUAUUUUUAGCCUUUUUAUGUCUAGAACAUCUAUCAAUGGGCUGCUGGGAAGGGGCUCAAUGUUUGUGUUUUCCCCAGAACAAUUUCAAAGACUGCUUAAAAUAAAUCCUGAAUGGAAAUCCCACAGACUUCUCGAUUUAGGGGCUGGAGAUGGAGAAGUCACUAAAGUUAUGAGUCCUCACUUUGAAGAAAUCUAUGCCACUGAAUUGUCUGAAACUAUGAUAUGGCAGCUUCAGAAGAAGAAAUACAGGGUGCUUGGUGUAAAUGAAUGGCAAAACACAGGGUUUCAGUAUGAUGUUAUCAGCUGUUUGAAUUUGCUGGAUCGCUGUGAUCAACCACUGACUGUAUUAAAAGAUAUUAGAAGUGUACUGGAGCCAACCAGAGGCAGAGUCAUCCUAGCACUGGUUCUGCCAUUUCACCCCUAUGUGGAAAAUGUAGGUGGCAAGUGGGAAAAGCCCUCAGAAGUUUUGGAAAUCAAAGGGCACACUUGGGAAGAACAGGUGAACAGCCUGCCAGAAGUUUUCAGUAAAGCUGGUUUUGCCAUCGAGGCUUUCACCAGACUGCCCUACCUCUGUGAAGGUGACAUGUACAAUGACUACUACGUGCUGGAUGAUGCUGUCUUCGUCCUCAAGCCCGUGUAAGCCUGUGUGAAGUAAAGCUCCACAAUCUAAUCCAAGAAGCAGCCUCUGAAAGAGGCUUUUGAUUUAUGGUUACUUAAAGGGAGGGAAUUUUGGGAUUGCCAUGCUAAAUAAAUAUCAUGUAAGAAAUUUAAAGGCCAAAAUACUAAUGUAUUUCUUUGUAGUGUGAUUAGCAGGGGGGGAGAAAAAAAUGUUGUUUUUUAAAUGGACUCCUCAGCUGAGUAUUUCUUUUUUACCAGCUCUUAAACCAACAUUGCAUUCUGCAAUCCAGCAGCAAUGGGGGAUAUUUUUUUAUACUUACCUGCAACAGGGAUCAUAUCCAAACAAAAGCAAUAGUCUUUAUAAUGGUGAAACUGAUACAGUGUGAACUGUUGUGAACGAAAUCAAGCAAAGUCUGGCAAUAAAGUUAUCCAUUCAGUUCAAGCCUUGUUGAAUAAAACUGUUGAAAUGGAUUAUCUUCCAUGCUAAGUUACUUUUUCUCUUACUGUCAUUCUUCACGUUUUUAAUCAUGCUAAUAAACUUUUUUGAGAUGA